UUGGGCGGACUGUGGCGAUGGUUCCUCGAGGAGGGCUCCCCUUAGGAUGAGGAAGGGUCUUGUCUCUCUCUCUCUCUCUCUCUCAAUAUUUAUACGGACGCUUAUCUAAAGCCUCCCCUUCCUCAAUUUUGGCUCUUUCCCCCCUCCCCUCCCCCUCUGUCCCACAACAAUCCCUGUGAGGUCGCUGCCCGCAGUUGCACGUGUGAACGGGGAGCGCCUCCGCAGCUGAGUCGACCACCUGAAGCCCCUUCGCUCCCCUUUUUUUUUUGCCCCCACCCGCCCUUCCCUGCUGGAGACCGACCACCCACCCAGCCCGCCGUCUUUCCAGCCAGGCCAGAGCCAUGGGCGACCCCCGGGACCUGCUGGUGGGGGAUGUCAACUCCAACCUGCUGAUCGGCUGCAGCACCGGGGACGCCCAGCUGGACCGGGCGGUGGGGCAGUGGCUGAGCUGGGACAAGAAUCCUAAAACCAAAGAGCAGAUUGAAAAUCUGUUACGAAAUGGGAGGAAUAAGGAACUGCGCGAUCGUCUGUGCCGCAGGCUGACCUUUGGGACCGCUGGUCUCCGUUCCGCCAUGGGGGCUGGCUUCUGCUACAUCAACGAUCUUACCGUGAUCCAGUCGACCCAGGGGAUGUACAAAUACCUUGGGCAGUGUUUUUCCGACUUCAAGCAACGUGGUUUUGUGGUAGGAUAUGACACGCGAGGCCAGGUGACCAGCAUGUGCAGCAGCUUCAGACUUGCCAGGCUCACAGCAGCAGUCCUGCUUGCAAAGGGAGUUCCUGUUUACUUGUUCUCAAGAUACGUCCCCACGCCUUUUGUGCCGUAUGCGGUCCAGCAGCUCAGAGCUGUCGCAGGGGUGAUGAUUACAGCUUCCCACAACCGUAAAGAAGACAACGGCUACAAGGUCUACUGGGAAAAUGGCGCUCAGAUCACAUCCCCGCACGAUAAAGAGAUCCUGAAAUGCAUCGAAGAAUGCGUGGAGCCCUGGAACGACUCCUGGAAUGAAAACCUGGUGGACUGCAGCCCUCUCACUCGGGACCCUCUGCAAAAAAUCUCUGCAAGCUACAUGGAGGACCUGAAAAAGAUCUGCUACCACAGAGAGCUGAACGCGAAGACUCCCUUGAAGUUUGUGCACACGUCUUUCCACGGGGUGGGACAUGACUACGUGCAGCUGGCUUUCCAGGCCUUUGGCUUCCAGCCCCCCAUUCCAGUCCCCGAACAAAAAGAUCCGGAUCCAGAUUUUUCCACGGUCAAAUGUCCCAAUCCCGAAGAAGGAGAAUCAGUGUUGGAACUGUCUUUGCGGCUGGCGGAGAAAGAGGGCGCGCGAGUGGUCGUGGCUACGGAUCCUGAUGCGGACAGGCUAGCGGUGGCCGAACAACAGGAAAACGGCCGCUGGAAAGUCUUCACUGGCAAUGAGCUGGCCGCCUUGUUUGGCUGGUGGAUGUUCACUUGUUGGAAGGAAAAUUGUCCCAAGGAAGCCGAUGUGAAGAACGUUUACAUGUUGGCCACCACCGUCUCCUCCAAAAUUCUGCGGGCCAUCGCUCUCAAGGAAGGAUUUAAUUUUGAAGAGACCCUCCCUGGCUUCAAAUGGAUCGGCAGCAGGGUGAAGGAUCUGGUGGACAGCGGCAAAGAAGUCCUUUUUGCCUUCGAAGAAUCCAUCGGCUUCAUGUGCGGCACGUCCGUGCUGGACAAAGAUGGCGUCAGCGCUGCCGUGGUCAUAGCAGAAAUGGCUGCCUGGCUGGACACCACGGGCCAAAGGCUGGCCCAUCAGCUAACGGAGAUCUAUAAAACGUAUGGCUACCACAUUUCAAAAACCUCCUACUUCCUGUGUUACGAUCCUCCUACAAUCAAAAGGAUAUUUGAAAGGCUCCGAAACUUCGAUAUGCCUGAUUCUUAUCCGACCUCUUGUGGGACUUACGGUAUUCUUCAUGUCCGGGAUGUCACCACCGGCUAUGACAGCAGCCAGCUGAAGAAAAAAUCGGUGUUGCCCGUGAGCAAAAACAGCCAGAUGAUCACCUUCACCUUUCAAAAUGGCUGCGUGGCCACUCUCCGGACCAGCGGAACCGAACCAAAGAUUAAAUACUACGCGGAGAUGUGUGCGCCGCCAGGCCAGAGCGAUGUCGCCUUUUUGGAAGAGGACCUCACGAAGCUCAUCGGAGCCCUCGUGGAGCACUUUCUGGAGCCCAGCAAGAACCAACUCACCUGGCGCUGUGUGUAGCAGCCAACCCCCCCCACCCCCUCCCUCCCUCCGGCCUUGGCUGUCGUCGACGUAAUUCCUUGCACUGUGUCCUGCGGAAUUCAGGAACCAAGAGGAAAGCCUCCUCUCCUCUCCUUGCAUUCAUUUCAUAGGUGUCUGUGAGUGUUUGCUGCGUGGGGUGUCUGUGUCCCUUAGCCAGCAUCCCGGAGCAGUAACAUUUUGUCAGCUUAGUGUACCAAGUAGUUAAACUGCUUUGAAGCUGGCCAGAGAUGCCCUCAAAGAGAGUCAGAACCUGUGGGAAGGGUCUCUGGCAUCAGCUCCUGGUGUUCCCCCUCCCCCUUCCCCUCCCCCUCCCCACAGCACAGGUCAGCUGUCUAAAUUCUUUGCUCUACAAAGGUCCUUCCGGAGUUCGGAAACGACUAGAUUGCAAAAGAAUAAUUGUGUUAAGCCUGAAAAAAAGGUUCUGCUUCUACAUCGUUAGCUAGAAUAUCGGUAUUAUCUUUACUGUGUUAUCAAGUCUUAAUUUUUCCAAGGUUUUUUUUUUUUGGUUUGUUUUCUAGCUCAUGCUGUGGUAUUCAGUAGUCCUAGGGAUUCCAGCUGUUUUUCAAUCUCCUUAGAUCGUCUUUGCUGGGUGGCGUUUUCACCCCUGACAAUUUUGCUUCUUGACAUCAACUGAGCCGUUAAACCAGUCAAGAUGAGCUAAGUCAGCUGAGGUUUUGGUCUUUCCUUCCAUGCUUUUCUGCAAGUUAAGUUGAGCUGGACUCAGGUGGAUCCCAACUAUUUUAGAAUAGCUGAUAGGGGCUGUGUCAGAUUUACGUCUGAACACCCUGCUUACGAAAAAGCAAAUUUUUCACGUAAGUCUCAUCGUGCACAGAGACUCCCUUAAUUUGCAAACAUAAUCAGUCCUAUUUAAACUGUAGAGGUUGGAAGAGAGCCUGUUAAUGACUUGCCAGAACAAAGGAGGUUUAUCGAUGCUGUGAUGAAGGUUACAUCUCUCUCCAACUAUUUAUAUUAACAAGUGCUGGCUUGCAAGGUUGAACUUCAGAGAGUAAACAUGGUACACCACUGUUUCUGCAACCUUGUCCGCUUGAAGAUGGGUGGACCUCAACUCCCAGAAGCUAUGCUGGCUGGGGGAUUCUGGGAGUUGAAGUCCACCCUUCUUCCAGUGGCCAAGGCUGAGAAUCACAGUUGUAAGACAAUCUUGGUGCUCAGAAGUUAACAUUUUUCAAGCAAAGGGAUCUCCUUGGAAUAUUUUGGCUUGACUAAGAUAUCCCAGGAAAAUGCAGUAGGGUGGAAAAUUUUGCAUCCAAUUGUGUAUUGGCCUGCCUCUUCCCAAUUUCCAAAUGCCAUGUUGGCUAGGAGUCCUCUAAAUUGAAGUCCCUCCAGGAAGAUGCAUUAGGUAAAUUAUGGAAUAUACCCAGUUUGGUGCAUUUUUCCAUCCUCUGUGCUAAGUUGUAGCCUGGGACAUCCAUGGAAAGCAGGAUGAGAAAAACUGGCAGAGUUGGCUUCACCGCAGAGCAGAAUCUUUGGCAUGGAUCAUUGAACCCUCAGCUGCUUUCCUCCAUGUAGCUGCGUGGAACCUCUGGCCUUCUAGUGGGCAGAAGUCCGGGGGUGGGUGGGGACGACUAGCACAACACGCAGGAUGCUUCCAGUCCCCUUCCUGCCUGGAAGAGAAUUGAGGGAGGGUGUAGCUUUGGUGUAAGGUCAAAUUGGAAGCACAGAAGUCCGAUGCAGCUGCCAGGGCUACACGGAAGAAUGAAUCUAUACAUGGAUUCUACAGCAUUCAUUGCCAUACUCGUUUCUAGCUUCCAGGCAGAUAAUCUCAAGAAUUAUCAUUUAUUUAAUUUUAGGAAAAUGGAAAAAUUGGGUCUAAACGACGCCCGAGGGGGCUGUUGUGUAACUGUAUGAAAAUUCAUGCAGUCACAGGAACGAAGCGAAGCCUUUUGCACAUUGCAGGGAUUUUGAAGAACUAUCUGUACAGAUUUAAGCUUCCAUUGAUACAACCUAGAGCCAGAUUUAUUGCCUUUCUGGGAUAAAUUAUUUAUUCUUUGAAAUGGGAAGUGUUAACUCUAGGUCAUUCACUCCAUGGGCUUUACAGGCAUUUCCAAAGUUUGAAGCUGUGCAAUAGAUGUUCUUGAUAUAUUUUGUCUUCAAUUUACAUGCAAUAUUUAUUUAUUUAUUUCGCUUUUAUUUAAAGCUUUAAGUACCUUCCAGGUUUUCUAUACUUUUGAGUGACCGAUACCAAAUGCUGGUUUUUUUAAAAAAAAAUAUGCUAUUGUUUUUCUUUUUGUUUUCUGUAUAUUUGCAAGUGCUCCUAUUCUAGUGAAGAAAGCCUAAUUUAUGUGGUGGAAACCUUCCCGGAAACUGUGGAUAAAAUAUGCUUGCUUGAGAUCUAUAGCCUGAUUUAAAAUGCCAUCAGAAAACAAGAGGAAGGCGAACACAAUACUUUUGAGACUUUUUUUCUGCACUUUGUUCUAAUUUUGGCAAAGAACAACCUUGCUUUGGAACAAACAAACACGAAAGAACAAAAUCGUUUCUCCUUAGUUGGCAUGCGGUCUUUGGAAAUGUCUCCUAGGGACAGAAGACGAUUAAAAUUUCCCACUUCAUAUAAUGGAGAACUUAUUUAAGGAAUCACAAAUAAAAAAAAAAACCACCCAUCAAAAUUUCCCAGUUCAUAUAAUACAGACGUUAGAUAAGGAAUCUCUACUGGAGUAGGCUGUGUGAUAAUGCCCUUUUGUGGGUGAGGAAGGGUGUGUGGUGGAUGCUCUUAAGGAAGUGCCCCACAAAACAGCAUAAUUUUAUGUGUUCAUACAGUGAGAAUUGACUGUCUUCGUUUUUUAAAGUUUUGCAUACAUUUUCUUUCCUUUUUGUUUUGCACUGUUAAGGGAAUGUUUUAGCUCAGGGGUGUCCAACCUUGGCUGGCUGGCUGGGGAACUCUGGGAGUUGAAGUCCACAAGUCCUGAAGUUGCCAGGGUUGGACAUCCCUUGUUCUAGCUUACAAAAUUCUCUGGCAUGCUUCCAGCUGGUCUCCACGGGAUGAAGAUGCAGCCUUUGAAAACAAUGUGGGCACGAGAGACAAAAAUUGGGACAAUAUUAGCUUUGUUCCGCUUUAAGUGGAAAGAAUGCCUGUUGUCCAGCAAUUAUCUUAACGGUCUUCCUUCCCUCAACUCUGUCGUAAAGUCGGUGGCAGCCACUCUCUUUCAGGACAGGGGAACAGAACGAAAGUCUUGGAUCUUUCUUGUGAAAACAGAUCCUUUUGGUGCUCUGUUGGCAAUUGGGCAGAAGGUACAUGUUUCUCCUCAUUAGUGGUGGCAGGAGUGGGCCACUUCUGCACUGCUGUGUGGCAACCUCACGGACGGACGGAUGCUUGAAUGGUGGUCCACUUCGUGACCCCAGGAAGUGUUGCAAUGACAGUUGGGCUUUGGAAGUGGGCAACCUCAGUUGGGUGUCACCCAGAUUCUCUCGCAUGUCUCUGGCCUUGACACCUUUGCUGUUCCCAAGCAGUUGGGGGUUUGAACCCUCCUGAACAAACAAGCUGCUUGAUAUCUCCAUGGGUGGGUGGGUGGGUGCUGUGGGGUGUUUCAGAGUGACACCACAGCUGGAAGGGAUUGGGGCAAGGGUGCAACCAUAGGCAGCAUCUCCAUGGAGUAUCUUUCCAUGGUUUAAGGAAGCUGCAUUGCUGCUUGAUAAAGCACAAGAGAACCUCUUAGAGGUAGGAGCCACGGUGGUCAUCAUAUGUGAGGUUGGAAGUUGGGUAGAUCUUUGGGGAGGGAUCCCACGGAGUGGUCGUCUACUUUUGAAGAAUCGAGUCAGUCCUGUUGAGAGCUUUCAUCUUUGAAAAUAGGACCCUGCUCUCCAGGCCUGGUGACCAGCUUCAAGGUGUGUAGCUAGCCUUGAAAUCUGGGUAAGACCCCUGAGAACGAAGACUUGGUCUCUUGGCCAGAGAAUGAGGAGUUACACCCGACUCAGGAGGCCUCCACUGACCAUUGUAAAAGAGAUGGAUCUUCCUCGAUCGUCCCAAAGGUGCUUUUUCCAAGAGGCAAGAGGACUUUCUGGUUUUUCACCGAAGACGUUUUGCUUCUCUGCAAGGAGUAUAAACCCUUCCAUCCUCCACCAUCCAGUCAGAGAUGAUGAAGCUUCUUGGAUGACAAGCGAAACGUCUUCAAAAGAAAAAAAGUCCAGUUGCCUCUUGAAAAAAGCAACGUUGGGACGACCGUGACCUGGAGGACUGAGAAUAAUCUCUGUAGACCAGGGGUCUUCAACCAUGGCAACCUUUAAGACUUGUGGACUUCCACUCUCAGAAUUCUGGGAGCUGAAGUCCCACAAGUCUUAAAGGUGCCAAGGUUGGAGACCCCUGGUCUAUAGACCUCUUCCUUGAUGGGUUUCUCUCAGAAGGUUGUGGACCUCGGACUCCGAGGGGCCUUCCUGACCAGAGCCCUUGCUUCUUCCCACAAACACGCAAGUCAUGCAAAGCUUCUUCAGGAAGAGAAGCUCUUUUCACCCCCAUGGAUGGUCCACCUUACCUGUGGCCCAGGGUCAAGCUCUCCACCUUCCCUGAGGUGGAACCUUGUACCUUGAACCCCGCUUCUGAGUAGCUCUGUAGAACUGUCCACUGCUUAAUAGUGGAAGAGGUGAGAUGUCCACAAAUAUGUAGACGCAACAUUUGCACGCAAGAGCAGAAAUGGUCCACAGCCCCCACCCCUCCUUCGGGAACUCGGUUGAAGAAGUGUGUCUCCUUCCAUUGGAAUCAACCAAUCUUCCUUUAUUUGAACUUGGGGGAAAAACGUGGGAUGAAGUUGUCCUUAAAUUGUUUUCCUCACUCAAUUGAUCCCAUAAUUUGAGUGGCUCCUGCUUCGUAGCUCUUGUUCAGGGGAAGCAGAUGGCUUUGUUUUUGGGGGGGGGGUCCGAAGCCCCCUCCCCCACUUCUUGCUCUUCAGCUCUUUGCGCUCCUUCCAUUUCACACCUGCUUUUCUACCCAAGAGACGACAAUUGUGCUCUCCCUGUGGACUCCAGACUUUGCACUUUCUCCCCACCCCUUCCUGUUGGAAGUGUUUUGUGUCCGGAUUUUGAUGUCGAUUUGGUUAAAAGUGUUCUGUUAAUAAAACGUUACCUUGA